CAAUACACAGUUUUGUCAAUUUCUUCAAGUUAUGGUGUCGACGAAUUUUGGAUAAAGUUUAUUUUUUGAAAUUAUUAAUUUGAUUCUUCACUUGUAAAAAUGAGUGAAGCUCAGUUCGGAGUGCGACAUGUCAUCGGAGCUCCUAUAGCCAUCACAAGGUUGUCAGAGCAGGCCAUAGUAUGUAUUCCGCCACGUACGGCCAAAUUCACUCUCGAUGAGUGGAAGUUAAGCAACGAUCAAAGAUGUAGGAACACAGAAGAUCAACAACAGUUAGCUGAUAGAGUACUCGGCGAGAGCGAUCGAAUUCGAGAUGAGACCGGAGAGCGUGCUCAUAUCUUGAAAGCUACAUCUGACAGGCGAAUUGAGGAACGUAUUGGUGAUAUCGAAUUUAACAAGAACGAGUUACAAAUCCAACGCAAAGAAAUAUGUUUGGAGUUAGAAGCUCUGUCCAUGUACAAAACACGUCUCUUAGACUGUCUCGCCUCACUCCAAACUAACGCUUUAACUAUUUGCCGCAAAUGUCUUAUGCUGAGAGACGGACGUCUCGGCAUUGACCUGGUCGUCGAUGAAGUGGAAUCUGCACUGCAACAAGAGAUUACUACCAUUCAAGGAGGACAAAGCUUAUUGAAGAGAGUGUUGGAGCAGUUGAACGAACAGAUGCGCCGUCUACGUUCUACGCGCUAUCUUCUGGAUCGUGACUUACAGUACAAACAAGCAGCUAUUGAUUUGGAUAAAACCAAUCUUUCUCUUAAACCUACUGAUUUGUGUCUCUCUGUGUAUGAAGGAUACGCUAGUUUGGAUCCAGCGAAUAUAUCUGCUGAUGAGUAUAACGCGUAUUCUGCAAAAAAUAUACAAAUGGCAGCAAGAGAGGUAACAAGCGCACGACCAAUACGAAUGUUUGUCGAUACAAUUCUAAAGCAAGUGAUUGAUGACCUCUGGAAUGCUUUCAACAAAUGCAAUCAUGCGUUCCUGGAUCGUAUAGAAGAUACAAAGCGAGCUAAAGGUAAACUUGAGGAUAUGCAUCGAGAGACAACUCAAAAGAUUGCAGAUAUGCAGUACAAUAUCUUACAACUGCAGAAGGCUUUGGCUGAUAAAGAAGGUCAUACAGCUUUAGCACAUACGAGGCUUGGGAAACGGGCACAAAGAGUGGGAGCUGAGUUGGUGAGGGAUCCUCCAGGACAGGCUUUGUUUUAUGAAUGUGAGAUGUUACGACACAGCACGGAGCAACUGCAACAGAUGCUGCAUGAGGCUACAUCUUCGUUGCGAUACUUGUUGCAAACUCAGAUACAGCUGGAAGAGGAUAUUAACGUGAAGAUGAACACCUUGAAGAUUGAUGAAGUCGAUUGCAUGACCUUAAGACAGACGAUGGACUAUCACGCGUACUGAGAUAUUUGCUAGGGUGGCGAAAGUUAUUGUAGCCGUGAAUUUUAUUGGCCAUAAAGAUACUACAUAAAUGUCCUUUAUUGCAUUUGGAAUAUGCAGAGGUAUAAUACACAAGGCUGCAAAAGUUUGAGUGUUCAAAAGUGUAGUACUGUUAAUAUUUUUACUAUAAUUCGAUGACCUGAAUAUUAAAAAUGUUGUGUAGGUUAGGGCUUCCGUUCAUUUUAUUGUAAUACAUAUUUUGAAGGGGCCAUUAAAGUUGAAUACGCCAUUGUCAUGAGGCAUCUCAUUAUCAUAUUUUAAAGGUUUUAUAACCAU